UGUUCAAACAAGUAACUGAAGUUGCAAUAAACUAUUAAAAGGAAUCUCAAAAUCAACAACGAUUUUAAUCGAUUUGCAAAAUAAUUGUUAUUGAGUAAUUCAAGUGUAUACUACCUCUCAAUGUAAAGACGGUUAUAUACAUAAAUACGCUAAAUAUACGCUACCAUUAUAGACGCAUCAUAAUAUCCAUGUUUGUCUUUCAAUUUACAAUAUUGAUGUUUAAAAAAAAAUGUUCGUAUAAAAACCGUCCAGUCAAACAAUAAACUUUUCAUUAUCUCCUAUUCCGUUUUGCUAGGCUUUUGCCACUUGAAAAGCUCGUCGCAGUGGUUAGUUUCGAAUGAAGUGUCGCUGUCGAUACAUUGGCGAGUCUUUGUCGUGAAGUGUUUUAUUUGUUUUGAAAAGUAAUGUUAAAUUUUCACUGAAUUGUUGUGAAUUAAAAAGAUUUUUUGUUUUGUUUAUUACACCAAUUAACCGACCCACAGAACAGUGUAAUUGGGAACAGUGUAUUCGAAACACAGCAAAUAAUUUUCAAUUCACAUUGGCACUUUGUGCGUAUAAUAAUUAUUGAAUUUCGUGAGAAAAUUCAAACUAUUUCACACGGAAAAUGCAAACUCUAAGAAUGAUAUAAAUGGAAAUUAAAAAUCGAGCUAAUAAAUUAGCUGAGUAUAGAAAUUGAGUUUCCGAGUGAGACACGGUUAACAUUUCUAAAUUAAAACGAAAGAAAUUUUAUCGUUUGUGUGUGAUUACUGAUUGUGGUGCUUGAGUCUGGUUUCUAUUCUUCGAAAAUGAAGCGAUUUCAAGUGACUUCUGUUGAUAAUCAAGAAUCCGGAACAAAAAAUGAAGUACAAUUGAACGCUUGCAAUCUGUACUCACAAUCGAAUCCUAGCAAUGGAAAAUUUACGAACACAAAUUCGGACAUUGAAGCCGCCAGGAAAUUUAGUUUUGCACAAUUAACAAGAGAAGCUUUGCCACGUUUAGAAAAUUACCGCCGCUCAUUACGUGCCUUAAAGCGUCCAUCGUUGGGAAUACUUCAUGGAGAAGAUUUUGAGAUAAACCAAGAAGUAACAAAAGAACCAGAGGCCACUGAAGAACAUCACGGUAUCAAAUUAGGAUGGAUUCAAGGCGUACUGAUCCCGUGUCUGUUAAACAUUUGGGGUGUGAUGCUGUUCCUUCGACUGGCAUGGGUUGUUGCACAAGCUGGAAUUGCACAAACAUUGCUGAUUAUAUUCAUAUCGUUUGUCGUCUGCGUAAUUACAACACUAUCCUUAUCGGCUAUUAGCACCAACGGUGAAGUAAAAGGCGGCGGUGUAUAUUUCAUAAUAUCGAGGUCGUUAGGACCAGAAUUCGGAGCUUCUGUUGGAGUAGUAUUUGCUUUCGCCAAUGCGGUUGCAGCUUCAAUGAACACUAUUGGGUUUUGUGAUUCAAUGAAUGACCUACUAAAAUCGUAUGGCGUAAAAAUUAUUGAUGGAGGAGUAAAUGAUACUAGAAUAAUCGGUACGGUUGCACUAGUCAUAAUGAUCGUGAUUUGCGCGGUCGGAAUGGAGUGGGAGUCCAAGGCUCAGAACUUCUUGAUUGCAAUUAUUGUGGCAGCCAUUGUCAAUUUUAUCGUUGGAUCGAUAAUUGGUCCUAAGGAUGAUGAUAUGAUGGCACAGGGAUUUGUAGGAAUAAGCGGCACUGUUUUAGUGCAAAAUUGGGGAUCAAAUUAUAAGUUUAGCGAAGGAGUUAAUCAGAAUUUCUUCAGUGUGUUUGCCAUCUUUUUCCCCAGUGUUACGGGCCUCCAAGCCGGUGCUAAUAUAUCAGGAGAUUUAAAGGAUCCAGCUAGUUCCAUCCCCAAGGGGACAUUGUUGGCGCUCUUGAUAUCAGCUACGUCGUACAUAGUGUUUGUGUUCUUCGCAGGAAGUGCGGCAAUUCGUGAAGCUAGUGGAAAUACAACAGAUCUCAUAAAUGGCAGUAUUAUUGAUGUUGUUCCGCAGUGUUUAUCUAACAACUCAUGUACGUUUGGCCUACAAAAUUCUUACACCGUUAUGCAAUUGAUGGCUGCUUGGGGACCGCUGAUUUAUGCCGGAUGUUGGGCGGCAACGUUAAGUACAGCUUUAACGAAUUUACUGUCUGUUCCGCGUUUGAUUCAGGCAUUAGGUCGCGAUAGAAUAUACCCUGGAUUGAUCUUCUUCUCGAAAGGUUAUGGAAAACAUGGAGAACCCUAUCGUGGUUACGUGCUAACAUUCAUCAUUUCGACCAUUUUCCUUUUAAUUGCUCAAUUGAACUUAAUUGCACCGUUGAUAUCAAACUUUUACUUGGCCUCGUAUGCACUUAUCAAUUUCUGCACUUUCCAUGCGGCCUUCAUCAAACCAUUAGGCUGGCGACCCACAUUUAAGGUGUACAAUGCAUGGCUGAGUUUGUUUGGCUUUGCUUUGUGCGUUGGAAUUAUGUUCUUAAUUGAUUGGUUGUCGUCGCUGAUAACGUUUACUAUAAUUUUUGCAUUGUACCUGAUUGUUGUGUACAGAAAGCCAGACGUUAAUUGGGGCUCAUCAACUCAAGCGCAAACCUACAAAACAGCUUUACACGCAACAUAUCGUUUGCAAAACAUUGGUGACCAUGUGAAAAAUUACCGACCUCAAGUGCUAGUCUUAGCUGGAUCUCCGCAGAUUCGGCCAGCUAUAGUCGAUCUUGCAAAUUUAAUAACAAAACAUAACUCACUAAUGAUUGUUGGAAAUGUUGUGUCGCCGGACAUCUCACAUAAGAGGCGAACGUAUGCGAUAAAAGAAGGUCAUAAAUGGUUACAGGCAAGAAAGAUUAAAGCUUUCUACGACAUUGUGCAGACGAAUGAAUUUGACUCGGGUGUGCGAGCGUUGAUUCAAACGUCAGGAAUUGGAAAGCUGGCACCGAAUAUUGUUCUGAUGGGUUAUAAGGCUAACUGGCAAACUUGCCCGACAUCAGAAUUGCUCUCGUAUUUUAAUUCAAUGCACAAUGCGUUCAACAACCGCAUGGGCUUAGCAAUUUUACGCAUGCCUAAAGGAAUGGACUAUUCGUAUCUGAAUUUGGAAGUCAACAAUGAUUUAACGUUCAGCGGCAUAGAUUCACCGACUAUCACUCAAUCACAUUCGUCAUUGCCUGCAACGGGAGAUCUCAUUCUUAGCGGUAAUCGAAAUUUGAUGCAUGCCGAUUCAAAUCUAAAUUUAGCUGGAAUGGCUAGUUCACAGACGACAAUUACAACGCCUCAACCACCACCGCUUCCGAAUCAGAAACGUAUGGCAGAAUUGAAGGCCCAAGAAAAGAUUAUUUAUUCGACACAAGGAGGAUCCACCGUGCCGAAGGAAGUGCUUGACGAUUUGGGCUAUUUCCAUUUGAAAAAAUCGGAUGGUCAAAUUGACGUGUGGUGGUUAUACGAUGAUGGAGGACUUACCAUCUUAAUUCCGUAUAUCUUGUCGUUACGUUCGCAUUGGAGUGGAUGCAAGAUUCGAGUAUUCGCAUUGACCAACCAUAAAAUGGAACUCGAAUUCGAAGAACGAAACAUGGCAAAUCUUUUGCAUAAGCUGCGAAUCGAUUAUUCAACGUUGACCAUGCUGCAGGGUAUGCAAGAUCCACCGCAACAGAGCACAAUCGACUUCCAUAUGCAACUAUUGGAUGGAUUCAGAGAAGGUCAGAACAAUGAGUGUUUUGUUCCCGAAACGGAACUCGAAACUUUGGAAAAGAAAACGCAUCGUCAAUUGAGAUUGCGCGAAUUACUGUUGGAACAUUCGAAGGAUGCGUCGCUGGUUGUGAUGUCUCUGCCUAUGCCCAGAAAGGAUGCUGUAUCGGCACCGUUGUACAUGUCAUGGUUGGAAUUACUUACGAACGACAUGCCUCCGUUUUUGUUAAUUCGAGGGAAUCAAUGUUCUGUAUUGACAUUCUACUCUUAAUAUUUUUGACAACGACUAGUCACAUGUUGUCAAAGCAACAUUAUCCCCGAUCAGUUUUGUUGAUAGCCUGAAAGAGAAGUUUUGUUUUUUGUGUUCUAUGCUGGUGCAGUGAUUGUAUCACACAUUUUAUUGGUACUCAAGACAUAGUAUUAGCAUUGUUGACGAACUCAUUUAUUUCAAUAAAGAAAAUUUAACCAUUUUGUGUUGGU